AUGAGAAACCUUGCUUUAGUUGGAGAGUCUCGACGGGAGAUUGAGUUGCCAGAGUUGGCUCCUCCUGGUCCCAACGGUCGCCAUGCCGUGGAUAUUUUCCAGACCGUGUCGGAUGGGUUUUCCGAUGGUUCCAGCAGUUUUGUCUUGACCAACGAUGGCUUUUUGCUCAAAGUACACAAUAAUAAUAAUAAGGACAGCAGCAACAAUAACAAUAAACCCGAAUGGAUUGCGCCUCUGGAUCAAUUGUGUGAAAAUCCCGGUGGAGAGUGGUUCGAUCUUUCCUAUGUCGAUUCCGGAAAUGAACUCUUGCUGGUCUGUCUUUCCCACAAUGGCGCCAUUGUCACGGUCGAUCCCACCAGUGGACAAGCCGAGCUGGUGGGGGAAUUUGAACAUGGGUUGCAAACGGGAGCCUUUUCUCCCGAUGGUGAAUUGCUGUGUCUCUUGACUUUUUCGGAACCAGAAGAAGAAGAAACUACGAAAAGAAAUUCGGCACUCUUAUUGAUGAAUGCUCAGUGGGAUGUCCUGGCCGAAGUCAACAUUCCAGCUCAUAUUCCCUCCGAACAAGAAAAAUCGGCUGAUUCCAAGGUAUCCAUGUGCUGGAGACCGGACGGAGCCUAUGUCGCUCUCUCCACAGUGGAUAUGUCCGACAGUAUGCGAAAAGUCAGAAUCUACAAACGAGACAAUCUACAAUUUCAUGGCAUUGGACAAAUGGAGGAUGGCAGUGGCAAACUGGUGCCCAACAUGAUGGCAUCGGCGGGUAUUGGUUGGGCAGGAGCCGGAUGCUCUCAACUCUUGGCAGCGGCACAGAGAAAAGGAAAAAAGGGCAUUCAAAUUAUAUUCUUCGAACCCAAUGGCAAUCGACAUCGAGAGUUUCUCUUGCGAGAAAAGAAUGCAGCAACCACACACGUGCGAGGAUUAGCGUGGAAUGUCGAAUCGGAUAUGCUGGCAGUGUCACUGAGAGAAGAGGGGGGAGUGGACAAGGUGCAAGUGUGGCAUCGCAGCAAUUAUCAUUGGUAUCUCAAACAGGAGAUUCGCCAUGACAACAAAGUUGCCAAGGUGAUGUUUCACCAAGAAAAACCCAAUCUGCUAUUGGUGUUGUUCCAGGAUAGCUUGAAAUAUCACGAAUACGAGUUCCUUUGGCAUCCCAGCAAUGUUCAAAUCAUGGCGCCAAACACUUGUAUGGCGCAUGUUGUGGAUGGGGCUGCUCUCCACAUGACGGCCCUGGACCGGGCCAUCGUUCCACCUCCCAUGUCGGCGUUCCACGUGGUCAUGGACAGUCCAAUCUGCCAACUCCUGUUUUCCAAAGAUGCAACCCACCCAGUGUCGUCCGUGGUCUGCCUAUCGGAUGGCUCGGUCGUUCUUCUCGGGAAUCCUCUGACAACAAUCAACGGGCGAACACGAUACACGGCUCCAGCGGUCGUCGCAAAAGCCAGCCUCCGGGAUUUGCAGGGGGUGGACUGGACCACGUUGCGGUCAUUUGCCAUGGUUCAGCAGACCAGCACGUCCAUCACAUUGCUCGCUGUGGCUUGCGCACCCGCCAAUGAAACAGCGGAAAGCCUGAGGAGUCUUACCAUUAAUUGGACAACUGAAGGCGAAAAUACGACGGCGUCACUGUCUCUCUCCGACAAUGUGAUUGCACUCGAUCAAAGGGUAUUGAGUAUGGCGCCAUGGGUAGACUCUCCUACAGGGGCAUUGCUGGAACUGGAAGAUGGGAAACUCUUCGAGUUUGAGGUUGAAUCCGGGCAACUCAACCCAAUCGUAGGGCAAGAAUUCAUGGAGCCGUGCUCGUGGAUUGCUGGACUCAAGGACACUGCUCUUCUCACGGGAGGCCUCGGAGAAGAGGAAACAAUGCCGCUCGUGUUUGGUCUCUCAUCCAGGUCACGGCUAUUCUAUCAUGACCUGCUACUGGCAGAUGCUGUGUCAUCAUUCUUCGUGUCGGCAACACACCAGUAUCUGGCGUUUGUCGCUGCCGACGGUCCGAGGUCGCAACUGCGGUUUUUGCCACUAAAAGACUUGCAAAAGUUUGAUUCACUCAUGGGAUCUGAUCAAAACAUUGUGCUUGGCUACGAGCCGCGCAGCGUAGAGCGAGGCGCACGGUUGGUUGCUAUCCUCCCAGGAUCACCCAUGGCAGUCCUUCAAAUGCCUCGAGGUAACCUCGAGGGGAUUUACCCACGUGCUCUGAUUCUUCGAUAUGUCAUGGAGAAAAUUUCGAAGAGCUGUUAUGGGGAAGCCUUUUCCAUGAUGAGACGACAAAAAGUGAACCUUAACCUCAUUGUUGACUUGAAUCCGAGAAAGUUUCUAGACGAGGACCUUUCGCUGUUUUUGACUCAAGUCAAGGUCAUUGAUCACUUGAAUCUUUUCAUAUCCUGCCUGCAAAACUGGGACAGCACACAGGCGCAAUACAUCAUUCCUCCUUGGCUCGAUGUCCUGCCCCAGAACGAUGCCGAGGCAAAGACAUCAUUUGAAUUUGCUAAUAAGGUGAAUCAAGUGUGCUCGAAACUACGAGCUCUCAUGUUGAAAGCCGAGCAAGACGGCGAACUUGAGGGAGGAAAAAAGAUUGAGGAUGGGCACUUCCUGCUCCCAGUCUUGACCACAUUUGCCAGGGAGACGCCACCAAAGCUGGAGGAGGCACUUACACUCAUCAAGGAGAACGCCAUUGCAAAGUCAAAGCAACAAGCCAUCCCGUCAAAGAAGCCGCCUUUGUUUUCGGAUGUCGCCCAGAGCUCCAUUCAAUACUUGGCUUUUCUUGCAGACCAUGAGCUCAUCUUUAAUGUCGGGCUUGGGCUGUAUGACUUUGACGUUGCCCGAGCGUGUGCGAGAAACUCUCAGAUGGAUCCAAAGGUCUACUUGCCGCUUUUAAAGCGUCUGCGGUCGUUACCAGAAUACUAUGCCCGGUAUGAAGUGGACAUGCGAUUGAAACGAUACGAAAAAGCCUUGCAGAAUGUCUUCGAGUCUGGAUUGCGUUCAGAGUGUUUGGAUGGAAUUGAACCAACCCAAAUCAACAAAAGCGACGAAGCCCUGCCAGUGGGGAACGAAUUCGAGAAUUGUAUGAGUCUUAUCAGCGCCCACAACCUGCACAGUGUUGGGCUAACCCUCUUCGAUAACGACGAGGCAAAGAAACGGUUGAUCAUGUCUUCACUUGGCGACAAUCUGUUGGCAGAAGGCAAGGCGGCAUCAGCAUUGACUGUCUUCCUUGCCACGGUCCCAGUCGACAUUGAACGAGCCAAACGCGCGGCCCGAGCAGCAAAGAACUGGCGAUGUUUCUUCACGCUUGCCUUUGAGCAAAACGGGCAAUCAGACGAAGCGGCCGAGCAAGAACGAAAGACAGCGGCUUCGGAGAUUGCCAGUGGAAUUGCUUUGGCAUCAGAAAACCAGUAUGGGUGCCGAUUCGACUUUGGCGAUGCUGCCAGGAUACUGCUCGACUACGGAGGGGAUCUGGAUGGUGCGUUGGAGCUUUGGAUCCAAGGUUGGUCUUGGAGUGAAGGGUGUCGAGUUGCUACCCUGCACGGGCGAUCGGACUUGUUUGAGAGGUGUGUGGAAGCAGCUGUCGCUUUCGUCCAGACGGCAAAGGAAGAUUUGGACGAACGCAAGGCAUCGUAUCUUACCGCUAACCUACGGUAUGGAGAAGUGUUGGAGCUCCGAAAGGACGCUGUGCGUUCGGGGGAGAACGACGAAGCCCAGAUGCCGGACCACCAGGAUACCGGCAGUGUCUUCUCUGUGGCUUCCAACGUUUCCAACUUGAGCAUGCACAGCACUUCCAGCACAGGGAGUUUGUCUAGUGUCAUCAGCAUCAAGUCUGCAAACUCAUUCAGCAUUUCAGGUAGAGAAGAAGACACCCGACACAAGUCGAAGUUCAACGCGAUGGGCGGCAAGAGCCAAAAGAAGAAGAAGAAGAAAAAGAAGAAACCUUGCAAGAACAGAAUACAGCCCGGUAGUGCUGAGGAGCUCAAGAGUCUGGUAGACACGAUGCGAUCAAGUUGCGUGGACGACGAGUUUGCAGCUGUCAUCUACUCUACUAUCGAGUUCCUCGCCCAGACCGGGCGCUCUUUUGAAUCUGCAAGAGAGCUAUACAGGUGCUAUUUAGACUUUAGUGAUAGAAUCCAACAGACGCACGUUGAAAGGGCGAACGCUCCACGGGACGUCAACAAGAUCCCCGUGUCUCUACCAUGCGAAGAAGCAGUUGCUGGACUGGGUUGCCCGAAGCUUGCUGCCACACUCCACGAUGUGUUUACCAUGCUUUAA